AUGGAUCAGAGCCAGCGGUCGUUAACCACCACAGCAACAGCUUCUCGGGGCUACCAGUUUCAUCCAGCUCGAGCUGCCAUCGUCGACCUCUUCAAUCUCUACUUAGGAAGAAAUAAUCGCCAAAAGCCUGACGAUUCAAUUCGUGAUCCGCCGAACAGGGCACAGAAGCGUAUUCAUGCUCUUAAUAGAGAUUUGCCGCCACGAAAUGAGCAGUUCCUUGUAGAUUUUGAGCAGCUCCGCCUCCAGUUUCCUGAUCAAGACCAAUUGCGUGCAGUCACUGAAUCUGUACUUGUAUCUCUGGUUGUUCAGUGUAGUAAUCACGCUCCACGAGCCGAGUUUCUUUUGUUUGCUUCACGAAGCCUUUCCAGCAUUGGUUACAUAAACUGGGACAGCUUCUUGCCAUGUCUUCUUUCUUCGGUGUCUUCUGCAGAAAUGACAGUCGCCCAGUCUGGUCAAGCACUGCCUGCCAAUUCAUCUACAGAUGUUUCAGGCAAUGGGCAACAAUCUAAUACUAGGGCCAGCUCAUCUUCGAGGGAUAAUGCUUUAAGCAGUCUGCGGCAACUUGGUUGCAAGAUAGUUCUAAUUGGUCUAGGGUUUAAUUUGAAGCCAGUGACCCACAUUGAUGUCUUCUGCCAUAUGUUGAAUUGGUUGGUGAACUGGGAUCAGAAGCAGCAUGGUGCCGAUGAAUCUGAUGGCAGGAAAACUUGGAGGCCUGACAAGACUCUUGUUGAAUGGCUGCAUAGUUGUCUAGAUGUGGUCUGGCUAUUGGUUGAUGAGGAUAAAUGCCGCGUUCCAUUUUAUGAGUUGCUGCGAAGUGGUGUGCAGUUUAUAGAAAACAUACCAGAUGAUGAAGCCUUGUUUACGCUCAUCCUAGAGAUCCAUAGGAGACGAGAUAUGAUGGCUAUGCACAUGCAAAUGUUAGAUCAACACCUUCAUUGCCCUACAUUUGGUACUCAUCGGUUUCUCUCUCAGACAACUACCAAUCUUCAAGUUGAAGUGGUUGCAAACCUGCGUUAUUCCCCAAUCACAUACCCUAGUGUACUUGGAGAGCCGCUGCAUGGAGAGGAUUUAGCAAAUUCUAUUCAGAAGGGAAGCUUGGACUGGGAAAGAGCUUUGCGAUGUAUCAGACAUGCUCUUCGUGCUACUCCAUCUCCAGACUGGUGGAAGCGUGUUCUCCUUGUGGCUCCCAGCUAUAGGAAUCCUGCUCAGAUGCCAACUCCUGGUGCUGUAUUCACUUCUAAAAUAAAUUGCUGGCAGGAGUGGCUUGUCUUCUCUGAUAUUUUCUUUUUCCUCGUCAAAAGUGGAUGUAUUGAUUUUGUUGAUUUUGUCGACAAGCUUGUCUCACGACUCACAGGGGGUGAUCAGAAUUUUCUGCGAACCAAUCAUGUUACUUGGCUGCUUGCACAAGUUAUUAAGACUGAGCUUGUGAUGAACGCUUUAAAAUCAGAUCCUAGAAAGGUAGAGACUAUCAGGAAGAUUAUAUCCUUCCACAGGGAGGACCGGAGUUCGGAUCCCAAUAAUCCUCAGAGCAUUCUUCUUGAUUUUAUAAGCAGUUGUCAGAACUUGCGUAUUUGGUCAUUGAACACAUCAACAAGGGAAUAUUUGAAUAAUGAACAGCUUCACAAAGGAAAGCAAAUAGAUGAAUGGUGGACGCAAGUGGGCAAAGGGGAUCGCAUGUUGGAUUACAUGAAUAUGGAUGAUAGAUCAAUUGGAAUGUUUUGGGUUUUUUCAUUCACAAUGGCACAGCCUGCUAGUGAAGCAGUGGUAAACUGGUUAUCAUCAGCUGGAGUUUCUGAGUUAUUGCAAGGAACAAAUAUACAGUCCAAUGAAAGAAUAAUGGUGUUGCGAGAAGUAAGCCCAGUGCCCAUGUCAUUAUUGUCGGGGCUUUCGAUGAAUCUAUGCUUGAAAUUGGUCCAACAGUUAGAAGAUUCUUUGUUUGCCGGGCAGGUUGUUCCGAGUGUUGCUAUGGUUGAAACAUAUUGCCGGUUGCUCCUCAUUGCACCUCACUCGUUGUUUCGGUCACACUUCACGCAUUUGGCCCAGAGGUAUCCAGCUUUGUGGAGCAAGCCGGGGGUAACUCUUCUGGUGCUCGAAAUUGUAAACUAUAGGUUACUUCCUCUAUACAGGUAUGGAGGGAAGAACAAAACCUUGAUGUAUGAUGUCACCAAAAUUGUUGCUACUCUAAAAGGGAAACGUGGAGAUCAUCGAAUAUUCAGGCUGGCUGAAAAUGUGUGCAUGAAUCUAAUUUUAUCCUUGAGGGAUUUUUUCAACGUCAAAAGAGAAGGGAAGGGUCCAACAGAGUUUACGGAAACUCUGAACCGUAUUACCAUAAUUACUCUUGCAAUCAUCAUAAAGACGCGUGGAAUUGCUGAUGCUGAUCAUUUGCUUUAUCUUCAAAGCAUGUUGGAACAGGUAAUGGCAACCAGCCAGCAUACAUGGUCGGAGAAGACACUGUGCUAUUUCCCUCCUCUUCUUCGGGAUGCUUUAAUAGGUAGAAUGGAUAAGCGGGGUUUGGCUAUUCAGGCAUGGCAACAGGCAGAAACUACUGUAAUUAACCAGUGUACACAGCUUCUCUCACCAUCUGCCGAUCCUACAUAUGUCAUGACUUACAUCAAUCACAGUUUUCCUCAGCAUCGACAAUAUCUUUGUGCCGGUGCAUGGGUUCUCAUGCAGGGGCACCCUGAAAGCAUUAACGGUGGACAUCUGGCACGUGUUUUGCGAGAAUUCUCGCCUGAAGAAGUGACAGACAAUAUAUAUACAAUGGUCGAUGUCCUCCUUCACCACAUUCAUAUGGAACUUCAACAUGGACAUUCUUUACAGGACCUUCUGAUGAAGACUUGUACAAACCUUGCAUUUUUUGUUUGGACAAAUGAGCUGCUUCCAUUGGAUAUUUUGCUUCUGGCGUUGAUUGACAGAGAUGAUGAUCCCCAUGCUUUGCGCAUUGUGAUUAGUUUACUUGAUAGACAAGAGCUUCAACAAAGAGUGAAACUCUUCUGUCUGAAUCGUGGACCUCCUGAACAUUGGCUUUACUCUGGUAUUUUCAAGCGCCUGGAGUUGCAUAAGGCUCUUGGAAUUCAUCUUUCUUGGAAAGACAGGAAUCCUACAUUCUUUGACGAUAUUGCAGCCCGGUUGUUGCCAGUAAUUCCUUUGAUUGUCUAUAGGCUUAUUGAGAAUGAUGCUAUAGACCCUGCAGACAGAGUCCUUGCGAUGUAUUCUCCAUUUCUAGCUUAUCACCCAUUCAGAUUCACUUUUGUGCGUGACAUACUUGCAUAUUUCUAUGGUCAUCUUCCUGGAAAGAUCAUUGUGCGUAUAUUAAAUGUGCUAGACCUUAGCAAGAUCCCAUUUUCUGAAUCAUUCCCACAGCACAUUAGUUCGUCAAACCCUGUUAUGAGCCCACCACCCGAGUAUUUUGCAACUCUUCUGUUGGGAUUGGUAAACAAUGUGAUACCUCCUUUACAUAUCAACUCAAAGUAUGGGUCUGUUGGGGAAUGUCUUAAUGUUUCUGGGCGCACCUCACAUAACAAGACUCCAGGAACAUCUCAACCGAGUGCGAACAGUUCUGAGGGACAGAAGGCGUUUUACCAAAUUCAGGAUCCUGGAACACAUACGCAGCUGGUUCUUGAAACUGCAGUGAUAGAGCUGCUUUCUCUUCCAGUGUCCACAUCCCAAAUUGUUUCAAGUCUAGUUCAAGUUGUGGUAAAUAUACAGCCGACCUUAAUCCAGUCCAGUAAUGGCGGCUUUCAUGGAACUCCAAAUAGUGUUGGGCAAGGAUCUGGUUUGCCGACAUCUCCUUCUGGGGGAAGCACUGAUUCCUUGGGUUCAAGCAGAUCAGCACCUUCAGGUGCAGGGAUCAGUGCGUCUAAUUUUGUUUCUCGGAGUGGCUAUACUUGCCAGCAACUUUCUUGCCUUAUGAUACAAGCAUGUGGUCUCCUACUGGCUCAGCUGCCUCCUGAUUUCCAUAUGCAACUCUAUGUUGAGACAUCGCGUAUUGUGAAGGAAACAUGGUGGCUUAGUGAUGACAAAAGGCCCAUUGGGGAACUAGAUUCUGCAGUUGGCUAUGCUUUACUUGAUCCAACUUGGGCUGCUCAAGACAACACCUCCACUGCCAUUGGUAAUGUUGUUGCCCUUCUGCAUUCUUUUUUCAGCAAUCUCCCUCAAGAAUGGCUAGAAGGAACUCAUGUGAUUGUAAAAAAUCUCCGGCCCAUAAAAUCAGUUGCAAUGCUGAGAAUAGCGUUUCGUAUCAUGGGUCCAUUACUUCCUAGACUAGCAAAUGCUCAUACGUUCUUCAACAAGAUCUUGUCAUUGCUCCUGAAUCUGAUGGUCGAUGUUUUCGGGAGGAACUCAGAACCAUCUACGAGUGCAGGAGCAUCAGAAAUAUCAGAUAUAAUUGAUUUCCUGCAUCAUGUUGUGCAUUAUGAGGGGCAAGGCGGACCUGUCCAGGCUAACAGCAAGCCUAGGCCAGAGGUUUUGGCUCUCUGUGGGAGAGCCAUUGAGAAUCUAAGGCCAGAUGUACAGCACCUACUUUCCCAUUUGUCGCCGGAUGUGAAUUCUUCCAUAUAUGCAGCCACCCACCCAAAGCUGGUCCAAAACCCAUCUUGA